CAUAUUUACAUGUGGAUUUCUGUGUGGAAAAGCCGUUUCCUGUUUUUAAAUUAUGAAUUAAAAGUGAAUUUCUACCUUUUUUGAGUUAAAAUACGGCACAUAGUAAUUUAUUUUAAUCGAAACUAACUAUCUAUGCGAUUAUCCAUCCGAGCCUUAUCAUCCGCGAUGUCAUCCGCUUCUCGUACUUUUCUCUUCUGGUUUAGCAAUGAACAUUCCGGCUUCAGAAUUCAGGAGAUGGAAGCAUUAUUUAAAGUGUUUAAAUUAGACAACAAAUCGCUAAAUAGUAGAAUAGUGAACGGUGGGCCUUUUAUGCUCAUGGACUUUCCAGAUGAUGAUGGGCCCAAAAAACUGAUGAGUCGGAGCGUUCUUAUCCAUAGUUGCUACGAGUUGUUGGGGGAUGGCAAAUCCAGGGAGGAGAUGGAUAACACAGUGAAGAAAAAUCUACCUAGGAUGGCACCCUAUGUCAACAAUACCUUCCAGAUAAGAGUGGAGACUUAUGGCAAAACUAUGCAACAUGCGGAAAAGAUUCAAUUUAUAGACACUUUGGAUUAUCUACCGAUGGAAGGAAAGGUAGAUUUGAAGAAUCCUGAAUGCAGUCUACAUUUAAUAAUGUAUUAUGGUUUGGAUGCGAAUCGGAUUCCAGAAGAGCCAUAUCAUUGGUACUUUGGCAGAUGGAUUAUGAACGGACAAAGAAAAUUAGCUUCUAAAACUAGUUUGAAAACUCGUAAAUUCAUUGGGAACACAUCAAUGGAUCCGUUGCUGAGCUUACUAAUGGUCAAUUUGGCUGCUAUCAAAGAAUAUGAUAUUAUUUUGGACCCAUUUGUGGGAACAGGUUCAAUUCUGGUAGCAGCAGCAGCAAUAGGAGGUCAAGUUUUAGGAAGUGAUAUUGAUUAUCUAAUGUUGCAUGGAAAGACCAAACCGACCAAGGCAUUCAAGGUGGCCCGUGAUGAAGGAGAAAACAUUCGUGCCAACAUGAUACAGUAUGGAUUCGAAAACAGGUACUUGGAUGUCAUAAUAAGUGAUGCGUCGCGGCAAAUGUGGAGGACUGAUUUCCGCGUCGAUGCAAUUAUAACGGAUCCACCUUAUGGAAUAAGGGAACCAACAUUUAGAAUCGGACCAUCAAGACCUCAAAAACCAGAUUUUAAAAUUAAAGAGGAACAUUUAGAAAAACAUAUUCCUGCCAAACAAGAUUAUUCCCUGACAGAAAUAUUCCGUGACUUGAUGGAUUUUGCAGUACAUCAGUUGGAGAUUGGAGGAAGACUAGUUUACUGGAUUCCAAUUUCUAGGCCGGACUACGAAGAAGAUAAAUUACCAAAAAAUCCUUGCCUACAAUUAUUAUUCAAUACUGAACAAAUAUUCAACUCAGUUGCAUCUAGGAGGCUGCUAGUUUUUGAGAAAACCAAAGAAGCUACAACCUUAUGUCAAACAGAAUUGGACACAUCUGCUCUUAUGUACCGUGCCCAACUUUUCGACAGCGAGACUGACCCUAAUUUGAGAAAAAUUAAAAAAGAAGAAGCAUUUUCAAUGUAUGGCAGAGGUAGUAAACGAGGACACGAAAGGCCACCAACAUCUCAUUUACAUGAAAUGACUAUAUAAUUGAUUUUAGUUUUAUAGUAAGUAACAUCUAGAGAUUUUAUACAAAUUUUGAUAGUUGUAGUUAGUUUGACGUAUAAAUUAAAUGCUGGUUCUCUAAAUCUACGUUAUGAUAUCAAGAUUAACGAUUUGUUUAUUUGUUUAUGAUAUCAAUGUAUUUGAUACUUUCCGCUAUAUAAAAAUAUUUCCGCAUACUAAAUAAAAUAAUCCGAUCAUA